CAACAGGGUCCCCAGUAUGGAUACAGCACAAUCACUACAGCUACAGGGUUCAGCACACCUACUGUUUUGGAUCUUAGCACUACAACAUCUCUGGGACUCGGUACCACUACAGAGAAAAGCAGUACAACAACCAGUCUGAUUCAUAUCAACCCCCCAAGAGUAUCAAGUAUAUCGUUACCAAAAUAUAGCUCAACUCCAACUGGAAAUCUUGAAUCUUUGAAUUUAACAUGUAGUGAUGUAAUGCAGGAUUCUGCCAUCGGAGACUCUUUGUCAAACACAUCCAGGAGCCCAAAGGAUAGCCCUGCAACACAAGUCUCAAUUUCAAGCCCAGUCUUUAGUUUCACAGAGCCAAUAGAUCUCAGUCAAACCUCAAAGGAAAACAAAGAGAAUAAGCAACCCUCCAGUCUGUUGGACACUCCAGUGAGGAAGAUACCGAAGGGGGACCAGAUCAGGUGCUCCCUCAAAAUCAAACAGAAUGUGCCCAAGGAGAAGGCCACAAAGGGAGCAAAGCUAAUUGAUAAAUUAUCUAUAAAGCAACAUCAUCCCGAUCGAUCUUCCCUAGGUAAUAUGACCAGUAAGCCCAUAUCCAAGUUCACCUCAAGCUCCCGCCCCAAAGGUAUCCCUCUUAAAGAGUCCAAACAAGGAAAGAAUGGUGAAUGUGAUGAUCAAGAUAGUGGAUAUAGUGGAAGUCCAUUCAUGUGGGCUGAAGACUACAAGGGAGAGAUCCACCCCAUUAUGUACCCAGGGCCUGUGUAUUAUGUACCAUUCAUGCCUGAAGGGCAGUCAGGGCAUUACCCGCCAAUGUAUUAUGCCCCAGAUCAUCCGUAUGAAGAACAUUGGUAGGGACAGCAAUACACACAAUUGCAGGCACACAGUGGAUGGCUAAUGUGGGCAUAGAGGAGGUGAUAAGUGCGAAUAUCACCAUCAAGGAGUGUAGUAUGUAUAAGCUAAAUGCCAUAUCAUUUUUGUGAUAUACAUGUACAUGUAUGAAAGACCCUGGCCAGUGGCCAGUUGGCAGUGUGUGGCUAGCUAUGAAAGAACUCAGAUGUGCAUUGUUAGAAUAGAAGUCAAGUUAUCAUAUACUUCCUUAGAAAUGGGCUACCUUUGAAACUUCAGAUUUGAAGCUAGAAAUAAGCAAAAAAGAAACAGAUUAACAAAAUGAUGAGCUACAGAACAUUUUUAGAAACUAUAUUACCUUUUUAGAAACUGUAUGUGGUAAAUAAAAUAUGGGAAUACAGUUGUGAGUCAAUGCAAUUAUAACGCAAUGGAAUACCAAUUGUAAUGCAAUAAAAUUCCAAUUGUAAUGCAAUGAAAUAUCAGUUGUGAUGCAAUGAAAUUCCAAUCGUAAUGCAAUGAAACACCCAUUGUAAUGCAAUGAAAUACCAAUUGUAAAGCAAUGAAAUACCACUUAAAAUGCAGUGAAAUACCAAUUGUAA